AUGUCGAAACAAGCUGCUGGUUAUGUCAAGUCAUCAAAGACAAAUAAUGCGAAACUCGGACGAGCGAUAGAAUAUCUUUUGCCACAUUGCUUUCAAGAAAUAAUAGUUAAAAACAUAGAAAGUAAACAAUUACAAAAGGCUGUUACAAAAAACACUUAUCUGAAAACUCAUCUUAAUCCUGAUGAAAGUUUCCAAAUUACCAAAGCAGAGACACAUGGUUAUGCGAACGUUUUUUUUGACGUAACGCUUAUUUACAAGCUUGUCAGAAAUCUUGGAUUGGUCCAAGUCCCGACAAAAGGAUCAUGGGGUGGUCGGAGGUAUCCGGACGAUAAGCACACGACAGUGGGUGAUGAUCUUGAACGAAUCAGAAUAAAAAGAAACACAAUCAUACAUGAAGUUCUGAGAAGAGAUUCCUAUGUAACAGACAAAGAAUUAGGCUUGUAUUUUACACUGUUUAAGGCAAUGGCGAGCAGGUUAGAAGGUUGUCUAAGUGUGAAUCCGGGAGAUUUUGUACAGAAAUUCGUCGAACUACAAGUAAACCCUAUGGAUGAAGAAAUAAGUAACUCGUAUCUUGAAGCUGUUGAAGUAUUAAGGAAGAGAUUGCUAGAUGAAAUCAGAAACCCUACACUAAGUAAUCCUAAGCAGAUCAUAGUAAACAAGUGGAAAGAAGAAGACGUAAAAUUUGUUAAAACAAAUGCAGCUCAUUCAAUUUUACAACUCUUUGAAACUGACGCUUGUGUUUUAGUUAAAGGUGCACAAGGUGAUGGGAAAUCAACAACAAUACGCCAUGUUGCCACAACUCUACAUGAUAUUAACAAAUAUGAAAUUAUCCCAUGUAAAGGCCCAAAUUGCAUUGAAAAGUAUUAUAAAAAGGACCGAUAUCAGGUUUUUGUUAUUGAUGAUCUAUGUGGGGAAUAUAGUUUUAAUCAACGAGAAGCAGAUGAAUGGUCAAAUUCUUUUAUUAAAGAAUUUAUUACAAAGAUUUUAGAACUCGGGAAUGCUAAAUUUUUGGCAUCUGUUAGGUUGCAGAUAUGCAGAGCUGAUAUGUUUAAGGUAUUCAAAUUCCUAAACUUUAAAUCUGUGGAUUUAUCAGAUAGAAACAUGGUUACACUUAAACAAAAGUAUGAAAUCCUUCAAAAACAUUUGCCUGGGGAUGCUGCAAAACUGGUAGAGAUACAGAAAGACAGAAUUUCAGAUAUAAGUUUGUCACCUUUAUUAGUAUCCUUGAUAUACGAUGGCAUGGACAUUCCAUUAUUUUUACAAAAUCCUUUGGAUUUUUAUUGGAAUGAAUUUGAGAAAUUGGAAGUAGAGGAAUUAUGCACUUUGUUUUUGUUCACUGCAUUUAAUGGUGCCAUAGAAUCAGAAUACACAAAAAGCGACAAACAAACUAUUUCAACAAUUGCAAAUGCUUUUAUUGAACCAUCCCAUUCUGUUCAAUUAGACAUUACGAAUCUAAUUCCUAAAAGCUUAAAUUUACUAGAAGGCAAAUUUUUGGUUAAAAAAAAUGACGUUUUUACUCCAAAACAUAAUGGACUAUUUGACAUUAUCUGUUAUUAUUUUGGCACAAAGAAACAAAACACAUUCAUACAGUAUGCACACGCACAAGUCAUAGGUCAGAGAACCAUAUUUGAAUCCCUCAACUUAAAAAACCUACAACAAUUCACCAUUCUUAUAAAUAAAGAAAACGAGGAAAUGUAUUUCAAAAGAAUGGUCCAAAACAUACGUAACGGGAAGAUCUGGGAUUCCCUCAACAACUUUCAGCUAAUAAACAUACUUCAAUUCAAGUUAAGAUUUGAUGCCUAUUUGAAAAGACUCAGUAAUACUGAGAAAGAUGAAAUGGUUAAAAUAAGAGAAAGAUCAGAUGGAACAACCAAACCAAUGCCAGUUUCUCUUUUAUAUGUUGCAUCCUACUUUGGUUCCUUACAUCUGGUGAAGUUCGUUUUGAAACAUUCUAAUGCACAACUUAAAGAUCACCAAGAAGACGAAUUUCAACCAUUGAUUGCUUCAUGUGACAGAGGUCAUGAAGAAGUUGUCAAAGUGUUAAUUGACAACGAAGACAAUGCUAAUCAAUCCAACCAUAUUGGCAUAACCCCAAUUAUUGCAGCAAUUCAGAAUAAACAUACGAAUAUUGUAAAAAUUUUGAUCGAAAACGGUGCAGACAUAAACAAAGGCGACCAUAAUGGAAUGACACCUUUUUUGUGGGCAUCUGUAUUACACAGAGUAGAUAUAGUAGAACUGUUAAUAGACAAAGGGGCCAACAUUAAUAUAACAAGCAGAGAUGGAUCAAGUGCUUUGUUCUGGUGUUGUGUUAUGGGAUAUCAGGAGCUAGUUUGUUUACUACAAGACAAGGGAGAAUUAGGAUCAAUUUCAAAGCCAAAUAUAGAUGGUAAAACACCUUUAAUGGCAGCUUGCUAUUUUAGAAGAUAUGACAUUGUACAUUAUCUUCUCAAAACUUUGACCUCAUGUGACGAGGUUGAUAAAAACGGCUGGACUGCCUUAAUGGAAGCGUGCUUUAAUAAUGACAAUGGUAGCUGGAAUACAUUCUUAAAACAAUUUGAUAAGCAAACAGGUAUUUGGAUUCCACUGUUCAGGCUUUUAUCGAACAAAGGUAACAUGGUUGAUGCUUACUACAAUAUAAUCGAAAAACUUGUUGACAGAACAAAUCUAGAUCUACAGGAUACCGACGGCAAAUCGGCACUGCAUCAUGCAUGUGAGGGUCAGUAUAACCAUAUAGUUCAUAUUUUGACUGAAAAGGGAGCAUCCGUAAAUUUAGAGGACAAAAGAAAAUCCACACCCCUUAUAGACGCCUGCUUUAGUGAAGACGAUGACAUAGUACGCCCUAUCAUGGAAGAUUACAGCAAUGGGUGCAAACCAAUAAUUGAGCAAUUGAUCUUGAAAGAUGCCGAUGUGAAUGCUGUUGAUAAACGUGGGUGGAAUCCUUUCUUCGAUGGAUGUGAAAAAGGAAACUAUACUAUAGUAAAACGGCUUAUUGAUUAUGUUGCUGACGUAAAUAAACGAUACAGAAAUGGAAAGACGCCGAUUGAAAUGGCACGAGAGUGUAGAAAUCAAGAUAUCAUCGACUUAUUAAUUCGGAAAGGUGCUAAUCCAGAUAUUAAUACGAAUGAAGAGGCUGAUAGUAAACAAGAAUUUAGUCAUUCGUAUCACAACAAUGAUUUAUCUGAUACUUCAAGUUCAGAUGAAUCCAACCAUGAUGAGGAUAGCUCUGUGCAAAAUUUCAAACCUCCUAUUAGCGAUCGAGAAAAAGGUGAACAACUUCUAAAUGCAUGCAUAAAUGAAAAUGAAGACGAGGUCAGGGAUCUCUUAGAACUCGCACUUGAAAAACAUGUUCUAGAUUUUUCAAAUAGAUAUGGUAAAACGCCAUUGUUAGAAGCAUGCAAGAAACAGAAUGUAACAAUUGUCAAUCUUUUGAUAGAAGCAGGUGCUAACGUAAAUAAAGAUGAUGCUAUGUGUUGGACUCCUCUUCAUGAGGCAUGCAAAGUAGGAGAAAAAGAUAUAGUAAAUCUACUAUUAGAGAAAAAUGUCAAUGUAAAUGCUUGCGAUGACCGCGGUUAUUCGCCUCUCCUAAUGGCAACUCAAAAAGGUUGCCAAUCUAUCGUUGAACUGCUGCUAGAUCAUCGCGCACAAGUCAAUAUUUCCAGUAAUGCAAGAACUACACCUUUUCUAGUGGCAUGCUCCAAAGGCCAUUAUGAAAUAACCAAACUUCUCAUUGUUAAAGGAGCCGAUAUUAAUAUAGUCGAUGGUUACGGCAAUACCCCAUUAAUGGUAGCUAGCUAUUAUGGAUACUGUGAAAUUAUUGACCUGCUUUUGGCGAAAGGUUGUGAACUUGAUCAGAAAGAUAUGAAAGGAUGGACAGCUCUUUCAUGGGCAUCACAUGGAUGUAAUAAACGCAUUGCUAAUACUCUAGUGAAGAUAAAGUACAAGAAUUUAGUAAGGAAGCCAAGUGACGAUUAA